AUGCAAUCUCGUAAAUGGAGCAAAAAGUUGGAGAAGACAGUGCAUGAUCAGAUUGUAAACGAGGUAGAUGUUGAAGAUGUAAUGGAUAGAGAGAGUAUCGGUGGUGCUUUUCUGGACAUUUCUUCAUCUGUCCCAUUCUCGGAAUCACACGAGUUGGGAAUGGAAGACGCCAAAGAUUCUAUCAUUGACGAAACAUUGAUUUAUCCUACACGAAGACCAAGAAAUAAUGGCCGAAUAGCCUUUCCUCCGGUCCUACCGAUGAUACACGGACGUGAUCGAAAUCUUCCAUUCGGUACUGUUCAAGUGAAUACGAGAAGCAUUUCCCGACGAAAGUUGAACAUAAAAUUGAGGAAAGAAAACUAG